UGACCCUGGCAGCAUGUCCUGGCUGCUGCUGUGUCCACUGGUGCUGGGGCUCAGCCUGACACAGGGCACCCAGACCCCUAGCGUCUAUGAUGAUGGAGAAAGUACCGGGGGAGGCCAUGAAGGCACUGUGGGUCCCACAGCUGGACUCAAGGAGUCGAAGUCCCCAGGCCAGCUUCACCCACGAGGCUUCCCAGGCAAGUUCUGUGCCAACGACAGUGACACGCUGGAGCUUCCUGCCAGCUCUCAAGCGCUGCUGCUGGGAUGGGUCCCCACGAGGCUGGUGCCUGCCCUCUAUGGGCUGGUGGUGGCCGUGGGGCUGCCGGCCAAUGGACUGGCGCUGUGGGUGCUGGCCACACGGGUGCCCCGCCUGCCAUCUACCGUCCUGCUCAUGAACCUCGCCGUCGCGGACCUGCUGCUGGCCCUGGUGCUGCCACCACGCCUGGUCUACCACCUGCGUGGCCAGCACUGGCCCUCUGGGGAGGCUGCCUGCCGGAUGGCCACAGCUGCCCUCUAUGGCCAUAUGUACAGCUCAGUGUUGCUGCUGGCCGCCGUCAGCCUGGACCGGUACCUGGCCCUGGUGCAUCCUCUGCGAGCUCGUGUGCUGCGUGGUCGGCGCCUGACCACCGGGCUUUGCUUGGUGGCCUGGCUCUCGGCAGCCACCCUGGCCCUGCCUCUCACUCUGCAGCGGCAGACCUUCCGGCUGGCCGGCUCUGACCGCACGCUGUGCCAUGACGCACUGCCCUUGGCUGAGCAGACCUCCCACUGGCGCCCGGCCUUCACCUGCCUGGCCGUGCUGGGCUGCUUUCUGCCACUGCUGGUUAUGAGCCUGUGCUAUGGGGCCACCCUGCGUGCACUGGCGGCCAGCGGCCAGCGCUACGGCCAUGCACUCAGACUGACUGCCCUGGUACUGGCCUCCGCAGUGGCCUCUUUCACACCCAGCAACGUGCUGCUGGUGCUGCACUAUUCGAACCCAAGUCCUGAGGCAUGGGGCGAUCUCUACGGAGCCUACGUGCCCAGCCUGGCGCUCAGCACCCUCAACAGCUGUGUGGACCCUUUCAUCUACUACUAUGUGUCCCAUGAGUUCAGGGAUAAGGUACGGGCCAUACUGUGUCGCCAGCCGGAGACCAGCAGCUCCUCCCAAGCCUCCAGAGAGGCUGGACGCCGAGGGACUGCCAUUUGUUCCUCUACACUUCUGUGA